AUGGCGACCCUUUCUGGGGACAAGGCGAUGGAGAAAGCUGCUGCAAGGCAUCCAGGAGAAGACAAAUCCUUGAUGGCGGCUGGCACGAAGGAUCGUCAGCAGCCUCUGCGCUUCAUAAGGCAAGCCAAAGCGGCGCAGAACCAGGCGGAUGAGGAAACAACUCACCCACAGGCAGUUUCAGACCCGUCGCUCCUGGACGACGUCCCGGGUCAAGUUGUUUGGAUUGGGCUCGACCACCAUCUGGCUUGGAAUUCGAGUGGUGUCGUCGCGGUCGUCCUGGUCAUUGUUGUCUUUGUCUUUGUGGCUUGGGGCUUGCUGAGAGGGCAACAAGACAAAGAUCCACGCUUCCCUGUUCAAGCUCAAACCUGGAUAUCCUGA